AGGAGGAGGGGGAGGGAAAAAAAAAAAAAAAAAGAUCCUAGAAAUCCAAAAAGGCUCAUCUGGGAAGGAGAGAGAGGAGAGCGAGAGGAAGCGGGAUGCAACUCAACCUGACGCUGAUCUGCUUCGUCUUCGGGGGGUUCCUGCCCGACGCCGCGGCCCGGCGGGAGCAGAUGGACACGGGGCAGUGCGACCUGCCCCGCUCGCAAGGAGAGCUGAACUCCUUCCUCUGGACCAUCCGCCGUGACCCCCCCGCCUAUCUCUUCGGCACCAUCCACGUGCCCUACACGCGGGUGUGGGACUUCAUCCCCGACAACUCCAAGGCCGCUUUCCACGCCAGCUCCAGCGUCUACUUCGAGCUGGAUCUCACCGACCCCUACACCAUCUCGGGGCUGGCCAGCUGCCAGAUGCUGCCCCACGGGGAGAACCUGCAGGAUGUGCUGCCCCGCGAGCUCUACCGCCGCCUGAAACGCCACCUGGACUACAUCAAGCUGAUGUUGCCCCACUGGAUGACCCCGGACCAGCGGGGCAAAGGGCUCUAUGCUGACUACCUCUUCAACGCCAUCGCCGGCAACUGGGAGCGCAAGAGGCCCGUCUGGGUGAUGCUGAUGGUGAACUCCUUGACAGAGACCGACAUCCGCUCCCGAGGAGUGCCGGUGCUCGAUCUCUACCUCGCCCAGGAGGCCGAGAGGAUGAAGAAGACGACGGGCGCAGUGGAGAGGGUGGAGGAGCAGUGUCACCCGCUGAACGGGCUCAACUUCUCCCAGGUGCUCUUUGCGCUAAACCAAACUCUGCUCCAGCAUGAAAGUCUCCGAGCAGGCAGUUUGCAGGCCCCGUAUACCACUGAAGAUCUCAUCAAACAUUAUAACUGUGGAGACCUGAAUGCUGUUAUAUUCAAUCAUGACACUUCUCAGGUUCCAAACUUCAUCAACACUACGCUCCCACCUCACGAGCAGGUGACAGCCCAGGAGAUAGACAGCUACUUCAGGCAGGAGCUCAUCUACAAGAGGAACGAGAGAAUGGGCAAGAGAGUGAUGGCGCUUUUACGGGAGAACACAGAUAAGAGCUUCUUCUUUGCCUUCGGAGCAGGUCACUUCCUGGGUAACAACACUGUGAUUGAUGUACUGAGACAAGCAGGAUUUGAAGUGGAGCACACCCCUCCUGGACAACCGAUUGGAAAAAUGACCAAGACGAGUCCAGCCUUAGAAGAGCCCUCAGCAACAGCCUUGCCAGCUCUGCAGCUUUCUGAACAAGUCCCGCUGACAUCUCCUUCCCUGAAGCCCCUACAAAUGGACGAAGAAGACAGCCUGUCUCCUCAUCUCUUGUUACCAGACAGCAUCAGCCAGCUGGAAGAGUUUGGCAGGCAGAAGAAAUGGCACAAGAAGCAGCACAAACACCAUCGCCAGAGGCAGUUCAAUGACCUCUGGGUUCGGAUAGAAGACAGCACCACCACAUUGCCUUCCUAUAUCAGGAUAACCAAUGGCUACAUCACAGUCAAACCUCCCAUCUGGAUUUCCAACCGGCUGGAUCAGAGGCCACGCUCAGAUCACCCAUCCCAACCUCAGCCUACAAGCUCAGCUUCAGCCUCCAUUUUAUGGCCAUCAGUAACUGCUCCUCUCUACGUAGCCAUAGCUUCAUUUCUCCUGAAUCUACUGCAGCCUUCCUGACCAGAUUAGUAUUAUGUGCAAUCCCUUGGAAUAGAGAAGAGAGAUAAUUUAUGAACGAAUUGGAUGUUAUGACAGCAUUUACAGACUGGACCUUCUCAGUGAAUCAAGAGUGCCUUCUAGCUGAUUUUGUCUCUUUGCCCAGAUACAUUUUGAAACUAAAGCUUUAUUGUAACACUGACUUACAUCUUCUUUUUGUAGAAGGAUCUUUAUUUCCCAUAGUGCUAUGGGGUUUUGUAAAAUAUUCAUGUUCAUAUAAAGAAAGAAAAAAUGUAUUUAUUCGACUGGUAAACUUAUUUUUUUCUUGUUGUAUAUGUUAAUAACAUCCCUAGUAAUCAGUAGUGAUGGUGAAACAGAUAAAUUAAUAUUUUCUAUAUUUGUUUUCUAACUGACAACUCUGCAAAUGCCUGAAGUGACACCAAAAUGAAUGGCUUACUUCUUUAACCAUAACUUUUUACAGCAACUAUCCAGUAAGUACAUUUGUACUCAACUUUAUUUCGCUUUUUCUAAAAUUCUCAUUAGCAUAACUUAAACUGAAUAAAGCAGAUCCCCUUCUCUGUGGCCUAUGCCCAAUAGAGGAAUAGGUGCAUUCUUAAGUCAGCUGCUAUAACAUAAAAUCUCAGUUAUUUUUACAUGACUUAGUAAGUCAUUAGUCAAGAUAACCCUCUAAGUUCCCCAGUUGUCUUUAACUCAACCAUUUAACUUCUUUGGAAAUUACGAGAUUAAUUCAUAAGAUAACUCAAAUUAAGACAUCAUUUUCGUAAUAAAAGAUUUCCUUUUUAAGUCUUCAAUAAUCCCACUGGAAUUAUUCUCUCCCUCUUUAUAUAAACUUAAGCCUACAACCUUUCCCAGCAUAAAUGAUAACAGGACUUGGUCUGCCUAUAGAGUAUGAAGAUGCAGUAUCAUGCUAAUCUGUAGAGCUGCUUUGUAUCAAUUAAAUUAAUACAGAUGGGCAACCUGCAGGGAGGAGAAGAAAUGUCUGGAAAUUCAUCAGCAUCUUGCUGUUAUGCUUAGAGUUGUAAUCUUCAUGCUGAAUUAUGAUUUGUCCAAAAUCUAUUCAAGGCUACAGGAACCAAAGUAAUUCCUCUGUUAUACAAGAACUUUCCUGUUGGUAGACUAUGGUCCCUCUAUUGACUUACAUAGGCAAGUUCUGAAAACUUGCACUCACUGAAAAACUUACUCAGUCUCCAAGCAGCUACUUUUCAUUAAUCAGAAGAACAGCAUCUAUGGGGAAAAAAAUGCAUUCAUCUUAAGAACUGCCAUGCUUAGUAAGGCAUCUUGAUUUUUUCCCCCCUUCAAAAAAACAGGAUGAAAAGAUCACUUUCAAUGCCGAAAAAUUCUAACAGAAAAUUAAUUUUGUUUGAAAUAGUCUUUUUUUUUCCCCCUGAAGUCAUCCACAAAACAAAGAUCUGAAAUGUCAUGAAAACAGUUUAAAAAAGAAAGAAAAAUUGGAAAUUAAAAAAAAGAGGAAAAUACAGUGCAUUUGUGAAAAAGCACUGCUUUCUCACCUUAAAAAAACAUAUCAGAUAAUGACCACAGUAACAAUGGCUGAUAAAAAUCUGACCAUUACUGUGCCAUCAGCCUUGCAGCACCACUUUCAGAACUGGAGACAAUUCCAUGUCAUCUUUAGGUCUCCUCAGUGGAAGAUGGUUUAGGAUUCACAGUUCAUUUCUCAUCGCACUAAUUAAUUCGGGAAGAAACUUAGGAAAUAAUCAGCCUGAAAUAAGUACGUGGUUUUAUUUGAAACCAUGAUAAACACUGAGCAUUUCCACCAUGCAUCACAACCCAUUGCUUUGCCAAGGCAAGGGGGAAUACAGAUUACUUUCGUUUGACUUACUGCACACCAUGACUCCCAGCUCUUGCACUGUUUUUGUCGAAAGGAUGUGUAGAUUUGUGGUUGACUUAAGUGGGUAUAGCAGAGAGUGGUGUAAGCUGCCCUGUUUUAUAAAGCACAACAGUCGAUAAGGCUGAAUGGAAAGCUUCAAGCUUUGCCCCAAAUGUGAGAUUCAAGCACGCCCCAUGCAUACUUCUACGUUGUGUAUUUUGGCUAGCAGAAGAUUAGAAAUGUUAGUUUUGGACAGAAGCCAUUCACCUUGCAUAAUAUUUAUUGCACUGGGUUGGAUAUUAGAAACAUAUUUUGAGAACUUUCAUUUCGGUUUUAUUUGACUAUUUCCCUCGAAAUGCCUUCAUUUGAAUAUAAUGGCUUAACAGACCUUCCAAGUCAACCUUAACGCGUUUAAAAAGAUUGGUUUCCUGCUGUAUUCAAAACAGAGUUCAGAACUGAAUGACAAUACAUUAGUCACAAAAACUGAGCUGGAAAUAAGGUAGGCAAAUCUUAAGGGUGAUGAUAAGUCACACAGUAAAAGUGAACAGCCAGUGAACCAAAACCCACUGAAUUUUACUUGUAAUCUGAUCAAGCCCAAGAAAUGAUUCUGUGGUACCAUCCCAGAAGUAAUUCCUGGUGUUGGAGAGAUUACAGAAUUAACAGAUAAGACCGUGUGAAGAUCAGAGAAACAGGAAAAAAAAUAGAGCAGAAAACAGAAACAACAUGGGCAGGACCGUAUGGAAAACCACCAACAGGAUCAAGUCUAGAACUUACAGUUCUACUGUACCCAGCCUGUGGUUUUCUCCAUAGGACUCUGAGUCUUUUUUUUCUUUUUUAAGUAUAAUGAGCACAUAAACACAACCACACUCACAGCUGUCACUGUACCACACAGAAUAAUCACUUGGUUUAUCACUUAUGAGUUUUUCCUAAGUCACUCCUCCAUUGGACAGUAGUACUAGAUCCUUAUUAGCUCAUAUAUCACAGCAUGUUUGGAUAUCACAGUAUGUAAAUAGCUUGGACAUCAAAGUACGUUGUGACAUAUUUACAUUUCUUAGCAUCUUGCCUGUAAUCCCUGUGAAAUGAAUGAGUGUUGCUGGAGGUCAAUGCAUUUCACUUGUGCUUCUGCCCAGUCAUUCUGCAGCGCAGGUGUCAAAGCAAGGUGAAUGCUGGGCUUGGAGCCUGCACCCUUCUGCCAGCUUGGAGCAUCAAGCUCACACCAUCACACAAGCUUCCUCCAGUUAGGGGAGAAGAAACUACUUGCAGUAAAUCUAAGAGAAGAUGCUUCCUGUGGAUCCUAGCUCAGGAACCCUAGGUGAAUGGCCUCAGCAUAGUUUGCUGACCAAGCAUUUCUUUUGUUUUCUUGUCUUCCCUAGGCUGUGACUUAGGGUAACUUGUUUUAUAAUCCUGACAUGUAAGGAUAGCAAUACUAGAAAAUGAGACCCUCACUGUGAUUGAUAAAGCAGAUUAUUAAUCAGCUACAGCAGCUCAGUAUUAAUUUAAAUACAUCAGUGCUGGUGUAUUUAGCACAUUUCUAUGCACAUCCAUUGCAAUGGAUCAUGACUGUAUUCCACGUGAGUUUAUAGCAUGUAUCAGAUUUGAUGUGUGCUCUGGAAGUAACACUGACUACCAGCUUCAUGGGACUUCAUUUUUAGUCAGUGGAUUUUUCAAGGAAUGAGCAGCCAGCUGUUUUGUUUCUUCCUAAUGAAAGCUCAGAUUUCCAAUGACAGGAUUCCAGGAGCAAGAGAUUUAAAUAAAUACAUCCAUGCCCACUGUAUAAGACAGCAAACAAUGAUGAUUGUAUUUACUUGUGAGAAACAGAAUCUGGAGAGUCAUGCAUGUCUAGCAAACAAGUACACGAUUUUUUGACACUGUUGGGUCCAAAGUGGAAUGCUUGCAUGAUUCACCCUUUCAACUCAGCUACAGCUGACACUACUACAAUUCACAGUACAUGUAGUAGUGACAUUAUAAAGGAACAGUAAUUUUCUGCCAAGCUAUUGCCCCAUAGAGUAAAUAUACCAUGCCACCAGCAACAGGACUAACUUCCACUCUGUAACUGUUUCAGUGCUUUUCUUGCCAAUGUUUAACUACAGAUGCUGUGUUAACGUGCAUUGCCACUUGAAGAACCAGUCAGUAAGCUGGGACAGAAGGCAUAUUGUAUUUUAUGACUGAUGUAGUUUCUCUGCAAUCCCUUGGGCUGGUGAAUAAUGCAAGACCUCUUCUGGAAAUAAAUGAAAUGAUUUAUGAUAACUAUGCUUUAUACAGGUGUCAAAUCUGCUUUAUUGAACUUCCCAUUCCUCCAAGCUCCAGUGUAAUUUAGGAACACCCAAGGUACAGAGCUGCAUGUUUGUCUAACUUCUUCAAUAUACAAUUGAGGAGAGAGAGAGGGAAAGAGCACUGUGCUCAGUGCAUUGAUUAGUCAAAUGAUAUGUCUCAAUCAGUCCUUACACAUACCACUGCUAGAGAGUUAUUUCCCAUCGUAUCUUUAAGUCAGAAAACCCCAAGUGCCAUAGUGGUUAUCUCAGCAUAAUGCUAUCAUUCCUAACUUUGCUUAGUACCAUAAGAAAUUUCUGCGUUACAUCCAAAAAGCAUAGAGGCUUGUUAUAUCUCCAAAUUGAUCAAUGUACCACAGAGCAUGCAAGAUUUCAGAUUGUUUUAGCUGAAUUGGAGCAGAAAGCCCACUUCCUAAUUUUGAGCUCAUGGGUUUGUGCAUCUGUACAUGUGUUUGUGGGUGCAUGUGUGCGCUUGGUCCCAACCUAAAUGCAGACUUUCCUGCGACAAGCUCUUCAGGAGGCACCUUAAUCUAGCUACAAGCAGUGAGACCUUGCCAAGUAGGAGUCCAUGCUUCUCAUUUACAGGGCUGAUUAACUGCCCUGCAGGUUCAUGCUCACACUGAAUUUUAAAUUGCAUGUUUGUCAGUUUUUGAUUCAAAUGUAUUUCAAAUAUUUUUUCCUGUUCCGCCUUCCUGCUUUUGUGAACUGUUUUGAAGAGUGUAAUAAAAAGAUGCUUUCUAAUAUUAUUUUGUCAAAAUAUUUUUGUAGCAUAAUAUAUUAAUAAAAUCUUAUUAUAAAUCCGUA